AUGCUACGGGGUGUGAAAGUGGAAAUGAAAGGAGCGAAACAGCGGAUGGUUGAGAGGGCGGAUGAAAAGUUGGGAUCAGUGAUGAGUGAUGUGCAAGAGAUGAUGAAGGAAAUGAUGAAAGGGUUUUUUGGAGAGGGAGCUGUAGGAGGUAGGCCUACUGGGUAUUGUGACGGGCCAGGAGCGGUUAAGAAAGGGACAGAACAAAUGGAGAAAAGUGUGAGUGAGGAAAGUGGUAUGGUUGUGGUAAAUGAGGAGAAGAAAGAGAAGGUACAGAAUAGGGAUAGAUCAAAGCAGAAGGGUAAGAAGGGAGUUGAGAGUAUGGAAAGGGCUAAAGGGAAUAAGAUUAGUAAGGAUGGUGGGCAAGAUAAGAAGAGAAUGAAUGAAGAUGAGAAUAGAGUUGAGAGUAAGGUGCAGGAUGAGAGUGAUUUAGAUAGUGAAGAGGGUAAGAAAGGUCAGAUUGGAAGUAGCGCAAGUGAGAGUAGGGGUGAACAGGAAAUGCGAAAGGUGGUGUAUAUGAGAGAGGUACCCCAAAAUGAGAAGUAUGAGGAAUAUGGUAGUAAGGACAUGGGGAACUUUUUUGGAGAGUAUGAGAAGUAUUGUGUGGCUAAUUAUGGAGAUAACAAGAGAGUUAGGUGUGGACAGGUAGGGCACAUAGCGAGUGGAUGUCAGGGUACCCGUGUGAAUGUGGUUUGUGGCAACUGUGGAAAGAACGGGCAUUACGCUAGGAUGUGUAAAGAAUUGCAUGCGAAAUGUGUUGAGUGUGGAAUGGAAGGUCAUGUGAAUGGAUGUGACAAGUUGCGAAGUGAGUGUGAAAUUAAGAAUUGUAAAGGGGAGGUACGAGGAAUAGGGAAUUUAGGUGUCUGUAGUGGGGAUAUGAGAAAAUAG